AUGCUUAUUCGUUGCUUGACCUACGCUUUACUGCUCGUGAGAGCUACAGCAGCCUUAACUACCGACAAAAACUCCGAGUCACUCACGGAGCUAGAAAAUUUAAUCGAACAGGCUGGAUCAACGCAGGAGAAUAUCUUGGAUGACAGAGCUACUGGGGCCAAGAAGAGGGGAGAAGCAUGCACUCGUGAUAAUCUCACAGUGCGUCGCCCAUGGGGCUCGUUAAGUAAAAAUGAGCGCAAGGCUUAUACUGAUGCCGUACUCUGUUUACAAUCAUUGCCGGCGAAAACUCCUGCUAGUGUAGCCCCUGGCGCUAAAUCACGGUACGACGAUUUUGUAGCUACUCAUAUCCUCCAGACGCCAUAUAUCCACUACACUGGGACCUUCCUUGCUUGGCAUCGCUGGUUUCUGUACAACUAUGAACAAGCCCUCAAAAAUGAAUGUGGCUAUAAAGGCUCCCAACCGUACUGGAACUGGGCUUUAUACGCGAACAAUCCGGCCGCGUCGCCGAUUUUCGAUGGCAGCGCGUAUAGCAUGUCUGGGAAUGGCGAAUAUAUCGCCAAGAAAGGUCCCAUAAUCCUGACUCUCGGCGACUUUGCCCCAGUAUACCUACCUGCCGGUACGGGAGGAGGAUGUGUUACAUCCGGUCCGUUUAAGCGAAUGAAAGUAAACUUGGGCCCCGUAAGUCUUCCCCUAAAUAACGGCUCAGUCUUGACCGGAACCGGAUUGGAAUACAACCCACGAUGCUUGACGCGAGAUAUCUCCGCCGGUGUUAAUUCUGCAUACGCAAAUGCUACCUCUGUUGUCAAUCUUAUCCUCAACAACAAGAACGUCGGGGACUUUCAAAUGGUCAUGCAAGGUGUUCCUGGUUCCGGCUCCAUCGGUGUGCACGGCGGUGGCCACUACACUAUAGGUGGCAACCCAGCUGACGACGUCUUCGUCUCCCCCGGAGAACCAGUCUUUUACCUUCACCAUGGAAUGAUCGAUCUAGUAUGGUGGACUUGGCAAGCUUUGGAUUACAAGAAUCGCCGGGAUGCCGUCUCAGGGACAGGCACUUUCUUGAACAGCCCACCAUCGCCAGACACAACUCUCGACGACAUAAUUGACCUUGGAUAUGCCGGUGGUGGUCCGAUCACAAUGAGGGAGUUGAUGAGUGUCCACGAUGGACCGUUCUGUUAUAUGUAUAUAUAA